CGGGGCCUCACUGGAGGCGAGUGCUCCUCAGGCCGCGGCUUCCAGAAGGAGCCUCGGGAUCCCGGCUCGAGCUGGGCGGGAAGGCGCGGCGGCCCGCGUCGCCCACACGCUCUCGCGCCCUCCCUGCCUGGCCGCGCCUCUGCGACCAGGCUUGCCGAUGCUGUCAGCAUGUUUACACUUCAUGCCGUCAAUCUGUGUUAACCACAGGUCAGAUUUAGCUGCAAGCUUUAUUUAUGACUCCAUAGCAACGGACACCUCUUUGACUCUCCAGAGAGAUUAUAUGCUUCUUCCGUAACUAAGAUUUCAGUAACCCGAUGAAAACAGAACAUGAAAGGCAUUAAGAAAAGCCCCACAGAAGAAUCUCUGUACCUGGAGUACUCUCACCAAACAGAAGGGUGCAUCUUUCCUCUUCAUACCUCUGUAGCUCUGUUUCUAUUAUUGUACUGUGACUGCAAGGUCUUUACUAUUUGCUUAGUCCUCUCUGAAGAAAAUGCAGACACGUCACUCCUGAGAGAGGUGCUGUCCCAGGAUCUGGACAUACAGGUUAUUUCAAGGCAGGCCCUCCCACCAAUAGUCCAGAAUUGCUGUUUGCCUGCGGUGGUAGAACAACCAGACGUUUUCUGUAGAGCAGGACUUGCUGUUGUCCUGAGACACAUAAUCCAGAAAUCCUAUGAAGCUGAGCCAUCACGAAAGGAAAUUUUGGAACUCCUGGGUUUUAAAAAGACUUGUUUGAAAGCCUGUGCAGAAGUUAGUCAAUGGACCAGGCUAUGUGAACUUACCAUCCCUUUGGCGGUUGAGAAUUUUCUCCAAGAGUCUUCUGACCAGCCCCCCGCUAUCCCUGAAGAAAUCCUACAGCUCGAGAGAAAACUCAGUGAGCCUGUCAGAGUACACAAUGAUGACAAACUCCGCAGACAGAAGCUGAAGCAACAGAAGACUGCUGGAGUCAAGCCGCCAUCUAGCAAGGGAAAAGCAAGGGGCAAUGCUGGUGCACAGCAACCAUGCAAAGAGUUGGCUGGCUCAUCCAAGAGUUUAGAACUGAAAGUGGCAUUCUCAAAGCUCACAGUACAAGACACACCUGCUACCAACAGGGAGCCUUCUGACAUCAGGAAAGCAAAAACCUCUGACCUUCCGCCUCUGGAGCAUGUGUUUGCAGAAGGCCUGUACUUCACGUUGGCAGACAUCGUGCUUUUGCCCUGUGUUCAUCACUUUUUGGUAAUUAUCUGCAAGAAGUUUUCUGAGAAGCUAGAACAGUUUCCACUGCUAGCCUCUUGGUAUCAGAGGAUUCAGGAAGUGCCAAAAGUAAAAACAGCUGCUUCUAAGUGUGGGAUCCACUUUCUGUGUUUGCCUGAAGUGCUGAAUUCUGCAAGUAAAUCACACCUGAACUCUAAUGAAGUGAUAGCCGUAGAGGAACAAAAUGAUCCGUUAUUUACGGGAGGACCAAGACCAACUAUGACCAAGUUAAUGGAAAAAGGCAUUGAGGCGAUGUUUUCUCCACACCCUUGUCCUUCUUGGACCCUUGACUGGAACAGCCUUCCUGCUGCUGUCAGCCCAAAGGAAGGCAAAAUGUCCACUGACCGAGCUUUAAGGAAGCAGCAGCAGUUAAACAACCUUGUUUACAUGGUGCUAAAUCAAGCCAAACCUGGUGACAGAAUUGUGGAUUUCUGCAGUGGCGGGGGCCAUGUUGGGAUUGUUCUCGCGCAUACGCUGCCGUCCUGCCAGGUUAUAUUAAUAGAAAACAAGGAAUUAUCAUUGAUCCGUGCUAAGAAGAGAAGUGACGAACUAGGCUUAAGCAAUAUAUGGUUCAUUCAAGCAAAUAUGGAGUAUUUUACAGGAAUGUUUAACAUCGGGGUGGCGCUGCAUGCUUGUGGCGUGGCGACAGACAUGGUGAUUGAGCACUGUAUCCAGAAGCGGGCUUCUUUCAUCACCUGCCCUUGCUGUUAUGGCUUCAUUCAGAAUACAUCCAAGUUUAAUUUCCCAAAAAGUGAAAAAUUCAAGAAAACUUUAUCAUACAAGGAACACAUGAUCCUGUGCAGAUUUGCAGAUCAGACAGCUGUCCAGCUUCCACCGCAGAGAAGACUCAUAGGGAAGCAGUGCAUGUGCCUGGUGGAUAUGGACCGUGCAACCGCAGCAGAAGAACACAGCUACUCUGUUCAAGUGAUAUCUAUGGAGCCAGAGAGCUGCUCUCCCAAAAAUAACAUGAUCGUGGGUGUCCCCAUGUAGAAUGAGGCACUCACUCUUGAUGUUUUGCCACUGGCUUCCUGAUGAAAGCCCAGGGCAUGCAGGGAGUUCUAGGUGUCUUAUCUGAAGCAGCAUUGACCAUCUUGAGCCUGUCCUAACUUGCAGGAAAUCUUGGAAGAAGGACACUUACUGUGUGUGCAGGAGGGCUGCCUGGAGGGAAAGCCCUGAAGCCUCAGCUGCCAAAAGAAUCACUCUCACUGGCCAAGUUUCCAUCAGUAGAACCAUUUCCUUACACGUUUACUUGAUUGUGUCAGUGGGGUAUUCAAACUAAGUUAUGUCCUUGAAGCCUUCAUUUUAUAAUCUUCAGAUAUUCACACAUGGCAAUCAAAACUAAACUGAAAGGUGGUUGUGGUUUUUAUAGUUUUAAAAAACAGUGUACCUUUUUAUAGUUUUUUAAAAUCUAGAAUGGUUAAUAUGGUGUGGUGUGACAUCUUUAAUCUGAGGUUGGUUGAAUUUGUAUAUCAUGGAGUAUACUUUUAAAUGUAUGUCCCAUAAAUUAUCAAAUGAGAUUAUUACUGGUUCAGACAUUUCAUGUGAAAAUUAUAAGUCAGUUGCACUAAACUAUAUAUUAUAAUGAGUAAAAUUUAGAUUUUUUUUUUGGUUUGGUU